AUGCAUGGCUUACCGCGAUAUAAUAAAUAUGAUGGAUCAGUCGAGUGGUCUGGUGAAGAUUUGAAUUCCGAGGGAUUGACCGCAUAUAUGUUUGACAUUAUCUACAUCACGUGGUUUGUGCAUUUUGUCAGUAUGUUCUGGGAAGCGGCUUGGUGGAUAUAUUUAGUGAUUCCAGCAUACGCAUUGUACAAAAUAUGGUCAAGCUUUAUACAGCCUUACUUGUUUUCCUCAUCAAGCGAGAACGAUAAUACUAAUGAAUCUAAAAGUAAACGCCAACAAAAGAAAAUGCUACGGCAAGACUCGGGAACAGGCGGGGGUGCAAAGACAAAAAUCAAAUAUCGAUGA